AUGAAUAAUGACAUUAGGAUUAUUGCAAAGCUAGGCGAAGGCUCAUUUGCCGAAGUUUACAAGGUUAAGAACCCAAAGACUCAGCAGGUCUUUGCUAUAAAGCGCCUCAAAAAGAGAUAUCGUACAAUCGAAGAAGUAAAUAAAUUACCCGAAGUUCAAUAUCUUAAAGCUCUUCAAGGUCAUCCGAACAUUAUUAAACUAUAUGAAGUUAUUUACAACAGCCAAGAUGGAUAUGUCGCUUUACUUUUCGAAUUAAUGGAUGUAAAUUUAUAUGAAUUUGUUAGAGACAACCAAAAGCCAUGUGAUGAAAAGACAACUCUUCUUUUGAUAUAUCAACUUCUUAAAGCCUUAGAUUAUAUGCAUGAAAAAAAUCUUUUCCAUCGUGAUGUCAAACCAGAGAACUGCAUGGUAAACAAAGCAACAUUAGAACUAAAGCUCUGCGACUUCGGCUCUACACGUGCAGUAUCAAAUUCUGGACCAUAUACAGAAUAUGUCAGCACAAGAUGGUAUCGUGCUCCAGAAUGCAUUUUAACAAGUGGCUCAUAUGGCAGAGAAGUUGAUAUUUGGGCCGUAGGCUGUAUGCUUUAUGAAUUAUUGACAACAAGACCUCUUUUCCCAGGCAAGCACGAAAUUGAUCAAAUUUCACGUAUUCACAAUAUUGUAGGUACUCCAUCUAUUGCAUUACUUAAUCAAUUCCGUAAAAAUCCAAACACUCAAAUCUCAUUUUCAUUUCCACAAAGAACUCCUCAAGACCUACAUAAGAUAAUUCCAAUGGCCUCCCCAGAAACAGUCGAUCUUAUGGGAAAGAUGUUGAUUUAUAACCCAGCAGACAGAAUUACAGCUCAUGAUGCUUUAUUGCAUCCAGCUUUCGAGCAAUUGCGUGCAGCAGAAGUCAAAUGGCAGGCAGCUGGAUGCCGUGUCCCGUUUGCAGUCUUCUACGAGCAAAUGAAAAAUGCUCCGAUUCCAAAAGCUCAACCUAUCGGGCCUUACAUACUCGAUACAGGUGUUUCUAAGUCUAAUGAUGCUGGUCCGAUGGUUAUUAAGAAUCAAACAUUACUUCCUCCGCUUCCAAAACAACAAAAUCACCAUCACCCUAUUGUUAUACAGCCAAUGCAUCAAUCAUACCCUGCUAAGCCUGCUGGAAAAUUUAAUUCUUACGAGGCAAGAAAAAGAGCCGCUCAAAGAAUUAAAGAAUAUAACCAGAAGAAGCUUUUGAAUCAGCACAAGGAGAAGAAACUACCACUUCCAACAUUCCAAUUUGGUGCUCCGAAUGUUUAUAAUAGCACUUCUUUCCAAAAUCCAAAGCCUGAGUUGAUUCAGCCUCGGCUUCCGAAAAUUCAACCGUAUUUCCACUAA